AUGGCCGACGCCGCAAUGUCUAACGGCGCUCCCAUCGCCGAGGACAACAUCAUCAACCGUCGCGGUGGUGAGUCCAUCUAUCAGAGCUGCGUCAACCUCAAAAAGCGCCUCGCCGAGCUCCCGGAUUUCCUCCCCCACAUUCAAGAGAUGGAGGAGGCCGAUGCGGCAUCCGGCAACGAUGACCCCGUCGCCUCCCUUUGGAACUGUCUGCGCAAUGGCUACCCUCUCUUGACCAUCUACAAUGCCUCCAAUCCUGAGGAACUCCUGGACGUCGAUCCCCAAAAGGUCCCCGAGGCCAAACGCCCCAAAGCCGCCACGUUUAAGUUCCUCCAGGCCUCGCUGCAGGAGCUCGCCUUCCCCCAGCAAGAUUGCUUCCUCAUUACCGAUCUCUAUGGCGACAGUACCACCGGGUUCACAAAGGUUAUCAAGAUGGUGAAUCGGGUCUUGGACAUUCUGGAAAUGCAAGGCCAGCUGAAGCGACUGUCCGACAUCACAUCGCUCGCCCCCGUCAAGGGUCCUGGCGGCAAGCUGACCCGCCGCGAGCACAUCCUGAAGGAGCUGUUGGAAACCGAACGCGAUUACGUCCACCACCUGCAGAACCUACAGGCCCUGAAGAAAGAGCUGGAAGAAACGGGUGCCUUGACCGGUGAUGCCAGCCACCAGAUUUUCCUGAACCUGAAUAAUCUGCUCGACUUUGCCCAACGAUUCUUAAUUCGCAUCGAGCAACACUACGCUUUGCCCGAAGAACGCCAAAACUGGGGUGCGCUCUUCAUCCAGCAUGAGGAAGCCUUCCGACAGUACGAACCCUUUAUCGCGAACCAGAUGCGCUGCGACGAAGUAUGCUUGCGGGAGUGGGAUAAAAUCAGGAUGGCCCCGCGGUCCCUGGAUCUACAGCAGAUGGUCGCCCAGCCCUCCACGUUGAACGGCUUCUUCGUCAAGCCGUUCCAACGUCUGACCAAGUACCCGCUGAUGCUUACGGAACUUCGGAAACAAACGGAAGACCCCGACCUCCAAGCCGACAUCAAUCGAGCCAUCGAUGCCAUCCAAGUGGUGCUCGAUUCCGCCAACGAUGCGAUCGACAAGGAACACCUGGCUACUGCGUUUAUGGACCUCGACGAGCGAGUGGAUGACUGGAAGUCGCUGAAGAUCGAGUCUUUUGGCGAGUUGCUUCGCUUCGGCACUUUCACCGUCAUCAAAGGCGACAACGGCAAAGAUUCGGAAAGAGAGUAUCACAUCUACCUUUUCGAACGCAUCCUUCUCUGCUGCAAGGACAUCAACCCCAACAAGCAGAAAACGAAAUUGAUCGUCAGCAAAGACAAGCAGGCCCCGACGAUCAGGGGCAAGCCGCGCCUUCAGCUGAAAGGCCGCAUCUACAUGGCCAAUGUGACCGACAUUGUUUGUCUCCAAAAGCCAGGCUCUUAUCGCAUCCAGAUCUUUUGGAAAGGCGACCCGGGCGUCGUGGACAACUUUAUCAUUCGCUACCAGAAUGAGGAUGUCAUGAAGAAAUGGUACAGAGACAUCGAUAACCAGCGAGCCAUUCAAGCCGAACAUCGCAGCACCCGCAGCACUGGCACGUCGGAAACCGAGUUCACCUACAUGAAGGGCAUGGCAAACAUCCCGAACCCCUACCAGCAAGAAUAUGAUGCCGAGGAGCAAGCCAAGGAAGCCGCAUUCUUCUCCGAAUUCCCCAUGAGCCGCAAUGCUUCUAGUACCAGCUUGCGAACCCGGUCGGCCACGGGUGGAAGCGGUGGCUCUGGCCCGCCACUGUCGGCGGGACGCCCCCCGCGUUUCCCCGUUCCUGACCCCAAUCUCUCUGUCCACACGCAGUUCCCCGGUGGCAGUAUGUCGCCCGCCGAACGGAAUAUGAACUCGUACUUCUCUCCCGUCGCCGAAACGCCAUCCACCCGAUCGAGUUCACAGUCGACCGGAUUCUCGUACGGCCGCCAGGCGACCCCCUCCGCCACCUGGAACGAGGAGCCAAACCGAUAUACCGCGCCAGCCUUGACCCGUGGCAUGUCGAGAGACGGCACGAAUGGGAACCUUUACGCCAAUGGGGCUCCGAAUGGACGAGGCACCCAGCGUCCCUCUCUUCCUCCCCUGUCGGGAGCCCCCGGUCAGGCACCGAAUGGAAUGGCGCAGCGCAUGCGUUCGGCCAGUAGUCCCGACAUCCACCAUCACAACCCGGAAUCGCGUCGGUACAUGGGCGCCCAUACGAUGCAGACGGUGGACAACGUGCCGGUCCCGCCGAUUCCCGCGCACAUGGCGAGUAUGAAGGCUCCCGUCAACCGCAGCCAGACCAACUCCCCCACCAGCAACAACCUUCCCAUCCGACACGCGCCGCCACACCACCCCCCGACUCAUUUCCACGAACCCCAGUAUGCGGAGUCUCGAAGCACCCCACCUCUUGCGGAGCAGCCGACGUCACCGACCAGUCACGAGCCCGAAGAGGAUCCGCCGAUGCCCACGCAGCUCAAGGCCAAGGUCAACUUUGACGACAACUAUGUCACGCUGGUGAUCGCCAGCAACAUCAUGUUCCGGUCGCUGACGGACCGGGUGGAUGCCAAACUAGCUCGGUUUACGGACCGGUCGAUUGGAAACAAGACGGUGCGACUCCGGUACCGGGACGAAGACGGCGAUUUUGUCACCAUUGACAGUGAUGAAGCCGUUCAGCUGGCGUUCAUGGAGUGGCGCGACCAGCACCGGGAUAUGCUUGCGCGCGGUCAGGUGGGCGAGAUCCAGCUGUACUGCCAGGUGGUGGACAAUUAG